CCCUAGGCGACGGGUGCCACUGCUAUACCGAAGGGUGCCGCUGAUCAAUGGAUCGUAAUUGCUUAAUUUGAGGGUACCUGAUCAGGUUGAUUGCAUGGAAGAAUGGGAAUUCCCAUCCGUAUCAUGGCCAUGCCUCUCUGGAACGGAGGCUCCUGGUGGUUGCGUGGAUGCUCUGUCGACCCUCGUCCAGGACAGAAACGAAAGCGUCGAUCGGUAGCGACAAUGCAGUGUGGCUCAUAUUCAGCGCCGCGCUCUGCUCUCGACAGCGGUACCAAGUUUGUUGUGUGCAUGAUGAGAUCCCCCGGUGCCCUUUUCCCCUUGUAGUCGUUUUUUUGUUUCCAAGCCACAUGCUGUUUGUUCGGUUGUUCGCAUCAAUAGAAAAAGGGGGAGAUUGCGAGGCUGACUGGACCAUGGCUGUGGAGCUUUGCGAGCCCACAUUUGUGUCCACUGGAGGCUUCUAUCAAUGGCUUCCUGACGCUUUUUUUGCGGUGCUCUGUUUUUUGCUCUCUGGAAUGUCAGGUUCGCUUACUUGCUCCCUCAUCGCUGCAGUGGGAGGUUAGCAACAAUCUACACCAAAAGAUACCAAAAACCAAAAAAAAACAAAACAAAACAAAAAAACAAACAAAAAAGGUUAAGUAAAUACUCUGUCUUGAGUCUACGUGGCAUGAAAAAUUUAACAAACUGGAGCGCGAGAAUUAUGAACCGAAUCAUGAAAAACAAGAAAAGAAGGUUUAUUUUUUGUUGUUGUGAAGUUGUAUUGGUUCUUUUUAUUUUAUUAUAUUUUGUUGUUUAAAAAAGCUGUACAAUGAUUGUGUGAUGUUUUGUCUUUGACUUAUUGCUAUGUUCUGUUUUGCAAUGGAAAAGUCUUCUGAAGAGAAAGCACUAUGCCAAAGAUUUCAUUAUAAGAGUUCGGAAUAGACAAACAUGUGAGUUACGGCAUUAAAAGUUGAUAUUAUCUUGGGUGAGGAAAAAGAUAAAAAUAAAAAUGAGAUGGGAUUGAAUGCAAAAUAGCUUCUUUCAUGAUGAAGAAUGGUAAGCCCAUUUUGCAGUAUUUGUGUUUAAAUGCUUCCUUUUAAAAUUGGGGGUUAAUGAGGGGAAAUUUUGUCAAAAAAAGCUUACUCAAGUUACCAAGUCUUUACAAUACCCUUUAUUUGAAGGAUAAUUAUAAUUUUUUCUAUUUA